UGCACCCUCAGGGAUACCUACCCACCGACGCUGGUGACAGUGCUGUGCCCGGCUUGGGCGGCAGGGCUGGGGAGCUGAAAUGUCUGGGACUCUGGACCUGGAAAAGGGGUGCACGGUGGAUGAACUUCUACACGGCUGCAUCGAGGCUUUUGAUGAUGAGGGCAAAGUUCGAGACCCACAACUGGUCCGCAUGUUUCUCAUGAUGCACCCGUGGUACAUCCCUUCCUCAGAACUGGCUGCCAAGUUGCUGCAGAUUUACCAAGAAUCACGUGGGCCGGAAAACAAUUCCCUGCAGGUUAAAACUUGCCAUCUGGUCAGAUACUGGAUCUCGGCAUUUCCGGCGGAAUUCGAUUUGAACCCAGAAUUGGCAGACCAGAUCAAGGAGCUGAAGGAAGUUCUGGGCCAGGAAGGGAACCAGUGCCACAGCAAUCUCAUCGACAUAGAGAAUGUCCCUACUUACAAGUGGAAGCGGCAAGUCACGCAACGCCAACCGGUGGCCCAGAAAAAGCGCAAAACAUCGCUCCUUUUCGACCACUUGGAAUCAGGGGAGCUGGCCGAGCAUCUGACUCACCUGGAGUACCGCUCCUUCAGCAAGAUCCUGUUCCAAGACUACCACAGUUUCGUGAUGCACGGCUGCACUGUGGACAACCCAAUCCUGGAGCGGUUCAUCACCCUCUUCAACAGUGUCUCCCAAUGGGUGCAGCUGAUGGUUCUCAGCAAGCCCACGGCUCAGCAACGAGCUCAGGUCAUCACCCGCUUUGUCAUGGUGGCCCAGAGACUGCUACAGCUGCAGAACUUCAACACCCUGAUGGCAGUGGUGGGUGGCCUGAGUCACAGCUCAAUUUCCCGGCUCAAGGAGACACACAGCUUUGUGAGCUCAGAGACCACUAAGGUAUGGGAAUCACUCACUGAAUUGCUGACGUCGGUGGGGAACUACAGCCGUUAUCGGCGGUGCUUUGCUAAGUGCGUGGGCUUCAAGUUCCCCAUCCUGGGGGUCCACCUCAAGGACCUGGUGGCUGUUCACGUGGCCCUCCCUGACUGGCUGGAUCGUGCCCACACCUGCCUGAAUGGGAACAAGAUGCAGCAGCUGUUCAGUAUCCUGAGUGACCUGGCCAUGGUCCAGAGCAUCCGGCCCCCCUUUGAAGCCAACACUGACCUCCUCAAUUUGCUCAUGGUCUCUCUAGAUCAGUAUCAGACAGAAGAGGAAAUCUACCAACUCUCUCUGCAACGGGAGCCCCGGAACAAAUCCACACCUUCCAGCCCUACAUCCUCCACCCCGCCUCCCCAGCCGGUGGUCAUUGAGGAGUGGGCAUCGGUGCCCAAACCCAAGCCGGACCAGGCCAUCGUGCGCAAGCACAUUGAGAAGAUGGUGGAGUCUGUCUUCCGAAACUUUGACGUGGAUGGAGAUGGUCACAUUUCACAGGAAGAAUUUAAGAUCAUCAGGAAUAAUUUUCCAUACCUCUGCAAGUUUGGAGAUCUGGAUGAGAACCAGGACGGCUGCAUCAGUCGGGAAGAGAUGAUCUCCUACUUCAUGAAAUCCAGCAUGGAGCUGAACGGCAAGAUGGGGUUCAUCCACAGCUUCCACGAGACCACAUUCCUGCGGCCCAUCGCUUGCCGCCAGUGCAAGGGCCUGAUCCUUGGACUCUACAAGAAAGGGCUCAAAUGUCGAGCUUGCGGUGUGAGCUGCCACAAACAGUGCCGGGAUCUCCUCUCUGUGGAGUGUCGCAAACGCAGCAAGAGCGUCAGCCUAGACGGGCCGGCAGCUCUGCCGGCGCGGUCCUUCAGCUUCUCCCUGCCACGCCCUGGACGGUCGUCCCUGCGGCAACCAGAAAUCCAGGAGGAAGACGUGCAGGCGGUGGAGGAUGGGGUCUUCGAUGUCCACCUAUGAGGCUGAUGCUCGAGGGUUUGCUUGGAAUGUAGGCAUCA